CGCGUUAGUUUCGUUUCUUCUUUUAUCCGAUACUCUUCUUACUUCCAUUCUCUAUUCUCAUGGCACUGCAAUCAAAUUUCUCUUCCUCCUCGUAUGGAUUCACCUACGAUGUCUUCCUCAAUUUUAGAGGCUCUGACACUCGUUUUGGUUUUACGGGUCAUCUUUAUAAAGCUCUUUGUGAUAGUGGAAUUCACACCUUCAUUGAUGAUACAGAGCUUCAUAGAGGUGACGAAAUCUCACCAUCACUUAUCAAGGCAAUUGAAGAGUCUAUGAUAUACAUUCCAGUCCUCUCUAUCAACUAUGCUUCUUCUAUAUUUUGUUUGGAAGAACUCGUCAAAAUCAUUAAAAGCUUCCAUUCAGGGCAUCAUCAUAUUUUGCCUGUUUUCUAUGAUGUGCAUCCUUCUCAAGUGCGAAGUCGAACUGGGAGCUUUGGCGAAGCUAUUGAUAAGCAUAAAGAGAAGGGCACGAGUAGGGUGUAUGAAUGGAACAACGCUCUUAUACAAGUUGCUAACUUGUCUGGCUACCAUUGGAGCAGAGAUGGAAAUAAAUACGAGCAUGAGAUUAUUGGGAUGAUUGUUAAAGAAGUCUCCAACAAGAUCAAUCCUUCUCUUUUAUAUGUUCCUGAUUACCCUGUUGAACUUGAACCUCAUAUAACACAAGUACACCAACUUCUCGACUCUCAGUCGGGAUCAAGUUUUUAUCGUUGGUGUUUAUGGAGUUGGAGGUGUGGGCAAAACAACACUUGUACGGGUAGUUUAUAAUUUGAUUGCAUGCCAUUUUGAAGCUUUUUGUUUUC